AUGGAUAUAAACUCAAAUGCCUCAGUAAGCCCCAGACCAGAUGGUUUACCGAUGACUGCUGGAUAUAAUUCUGCUUCUGGAAAGGUGCGAAAUAGUAUCAGAUCCAUAAUAAACCACCCAGAGGAUAGUGCAAGAGCCAAAGAGCGCAGUGAAACGAACAGUCCUAAGAAUAAUGGCAACAAAAAACCUAGAAAGAAAAGAAAAACAUUUAGUUGUGAUACUUGCAGGAGAGUGAAGACAAGGUGCGAUUUUGAACCUUUCAUUGGAAAAUGUUACAGAUGUAACGUUCUGCAGCUUGAUUGCUCCUUAGCCAGGAAUAAAGACAAUGAAAUUUUGAAUACUUUACGUGAGGAUGGUCUACUAAAGAAGAUCAACUCAAUUAAUCACAACCUUGGUUCUUUCUCUCAUUUGAAUGCGGACUCUCCCAACGAAAGCCAAAGUAGUUUUGAAAAGAAUGGAACGGUCAAUUUUGAUAAUUACAUGAUCGAUAAAAGGCUUUCAUCUUUAGAAGAGCACAUAAAAUCUUUACACCAGAAAAUGGACUUGAUAAUCACCACAGCAAAGAUGUCUUAUAACAGCGAUAUCAAAGGCCCUGGAGAUGAUAUUCAGAACGUGGAUUUCAGCUCAAAUAAGACGUACGAUAGUCGUCUAACUUCGGGCUCAGAGACGAUAAGGAAAACAGGGGAAUAUAGAAAAGAAAAUCUUUUCUUAAAUGGAUUUAAGUUGAAGGAAUCUCCUUUAAAAUUGCUACAUGAUAUUGAUGAGAGGCUAUUUCCAUCGAAGGCUACAUCUAAAGCUGCGAAGCUAGCUGGACAGCAAAGGCCAUAUGCUGUUGCAAGAGUGAACUUUCUCCAUUUUUAUGAGAAUAAUCAGGAAUUAUGCCAUAAGCUUGCAAAAGAAUUUCUGGUGAGAUCCCAUUUCUGGAUAAUUCCAGGUGGGAGAAAAGAGAUAGACGUGGAAUAUGCCCACUCACACCUAUUUAUUACAAGUGUUUUUACUAUUAUCGCUAUGAGUUUUGCUGACAACGAUAAAUACGCUGCAGAACAAGAAAUAUUGUAUCCUUUAGUGGAGAGAUUACUCACUAAUACGUUAACCAUGUUUGAAAAGUUAACAGCGUUUGAUAUUGAGGCUAUUUUAUAUUGCUGUAUGUUCCAUAUUUCGCGAAAGGCAAAGAGAUAUAGGCAACUGAAGUUUAAUUCUCUGGUACUAAGCAAUUUUGCGCUCAAUAGCUUGUUACAUGUAAUAGAUUUUUAUCAGAUAAAGGAUAGGGUUUUGGUAAAAGAAGUGUAUAAUCCCGAAGAUCUUUAUCAUCUAAGAAUACUAAAUUCACUAACUGCCUGCUAUUUAGAAUAUUCCAUUAGUUACGGCGAUAUUAGGGAACAGGAUGAUAUGCUUAAAGAGUUUAAUAAACUUGUGGCGAAAUUUCCUCAGGCGAAUUUUGGUGAUGACAUUAAAAUCAGUGAGAUAAAUUUAGGUGACAUCGUAAAUGGCAUCUUUAUAAACCUUAAAAAUUAUUUUGCGCAGUGUUUGGAUGACUUUAACAAUGACAGAUAUGGAGGUAACGCAGAUACUUUUAUCUUUGUUUUUCCAGAGCUAAAUUAUUGGCUGAAAAAUUGGGAAGAGCUUUUAGCAAAGGAUGGCGCGGGCGUGCUAUUGUUCACAUUUGAUUUUUAUCAUAUCAUGAUAUGUCGCACUUUUAUCACAGAAUUUUCUUCCACGCUAAAAAGCAACCAAAGGUUUUUGAAACUAAUUCUUAAUACGAUGAAAGAACAUUCAUUUUCGCUGUUGAAUGGGUUUUUGAGACUACCGCCAACGUUAAUAAGGGGUGCUCCGAUUUUUACUUGUCAUCAACUAGUCUACGCCUGUUUAACUCUUUGUGACUAUCUUUAUUGGUUCGAUUCUUCUGAACGUCAACGCGUUUUGAGUCUUUGUACAAAAGUGUACUGGCAUUUGAGCACUAUAGGGGAAAAAAUGAAUGAGGCUACUGAUAACGUUGGAAAAAUCAUAAAAUCUAUAAUUGAUACUAGUAAGACUCGUAUUAAUUUUGGCAGUUUGUCAAAAGAGAAUAGUGAUAAUGAUAAAAUGUCGACUAAUGCUAAUAACUACACAGGAGCAGGAAAUCUGCACGCCGCGAAACCCGCUACUUCGCCUACUAAUGUUGGUACUUUGCACGAGAACUUGUCCAGUAGUCACUUCAUGAUUCCUGACGUCGACCAAUUCAAUUCCUUUGAAGACUUUUUUCAGGAUUUUUUUGAUAGUUUAAAACCAAAUUCCCAAAAAAUGUUUACCAGCGAUAAGAAGACUGAACAAACUACUUAA